AUGGAACUAUUUUUAAAGGUCGUGUUUGGGAUGAUAUUUGUUUUGACAAUGAUCUCACAAAUUCAAAGUUCUUCUGCGAAUUCAAAACCAAAGAGACUUCAACUACUCAUCAAAGAUAUCAUAGCGCCUAGGGUCAAAAACGCAACUAAAGAGAUGCAAACCAAGUAUCCAUUUAUAACCUCGACGAACGAUCUGCAGGAGACAAUGCUGAUGCUUGGAGUGAUAGUGACGAAAAAGUGCUCUUUAAAUCUGCAAUUGAAAGACAAGCUCACUAACAGCUACUUAAAGCUCUCUAACUACAUCACACCACUGUACAUGGCCUACUCUUAUGAAGAAGCACAUGGGCCCCAGUACACGGUGCUAGCAAGUGUACUCAAGGAGACCAGCUUUUUCCUGAAUAGUACAGUUAGCACUUUAAGACAUGAGCUGCUGAUAAGAGGCCACUCCGUGCCCGCUGGUCAAGUUGUGUUGACGGAGAAGCAAUUAAAUCGAUACACUCGUGGAUAUCUACAAGAGCUUGUCAACCAAAACUGGCUGAACCUUACAAUCACUGACGAUGUCGUGAGGAUUUAUCGGAACUACGUCAUCUAUUCCACCUUUCAUGAUGUCAUUACUGAGGUGUACACGUGCGUCUUUGGUGUAUAA